CAGGAUACGUUUAGGGCUCUUGAGAUGGCGAGCGCGAGUACCAGCCUAGCUGCGCUCACAGCCCUCAAUUCCACCUUCCUCUCCGGCUCCAAUUCGGCUUCUCCGCUGGGACUUAGCUUCCCCAAGCGAAGGCAAUGGCGACACAAGAGCUGUGUGCGCACCUCCGCAAUGGCCAAGGAGCUUGUCUUCAACAAGGACGGCCAAGCCACCAAAAGACUCCAGGCUGGAGUGAACAAGCUCGCGGAUCUUGUUGGAGUGACUUUGGGUCCCAAAGGAAGGAAUGUCGUCCUCGAGAGUAAGUAUGGUUCUCCAAAGAUUAUCAACGAUGGUGUCACGGUGACCAAGGAAAUUGAAUUGGAAGACCCGGUUGAGAACAUUGGUGUGAAACUCGUGAGGCAAGCUGCUUCUAAAACCAACGAUUUGGCUGGGGAUGGGACGACGACUUCCUUGAUCCUGGCACAAGGAUUGAUUGCCGAAGGCGUCAAGGUUGUGGCUGCUGGCUCGAAUCCUAUUCAAAUCACGAGGGGAAUUGACAAAACCAUCGCAGCUCUGGUGAAGGAGCUGAAGGAGAUUUCGAAAGAGGUCGAGGAUAGCGAGCUCGCAGAUGUUGCUACGGUGAGCGCCGGGAACAAUGACGAAGUGGGCAAAAUGAUAGCCGAGGCCAUGAACAAAGUCGGGAGGAAAGGCGUUGUCACUUUGGAAGAAGGCAAGAGUGCCGAGAACACACUGCACGUAGUCGAAGGCAUGCAGUUCGAGCGCGGCUAUAUGUCUCCCUACUUCGUCACGGACACUGACAAGAUGGCCGUAGAGUACGACAAUUGCAAGCUCCUCCUGGUUGACAGGAAGAUUGCUACUGCGAGAGACGUGAUUGGAAUCCUGGAAGAUGCAAUUCGCGGGGGCUACCCCCUUAUGAUUAUGGCCGAGGAGAUCGAGCAAGAAGCACUUGCAACUCUGGUUGUGAACCGGCUUCGUGGCUCUCUCAAGAUUGUGGCCAUCAAGGCCCCAGGAUUUGGAGAGAGGAAGACUCAGUAUCUCGAGGAUAUUGCCAUCCUCACUGGAGGCACGGUUGUGCGGGAAGAAGUUGGGCUGUCUUUGGAUAAAGUUGGCCGUGAAGUCCUUGGGACUGCUGCAAAGCUGGUGGUAACAAAGGAUUCGACGACAAUUGUCGGGGAUGGAAGCACACAGGAGGCCGUCACAAAGCGCGUUACUCAAAUUCGCAACUUGAUGGAGGUUGCCGAACAAAGCUACGAAAAGGAGAAGCUGAACGAACGUAUUGCCAAAUUGUCCGGUGGAGUUGCAGUUGUGACUGUGGGAGCUCAAACGGAAACCGAGCUGAAAGAGAAGAAGCUUAGAGUGGAGGACGCUCUAAAUGCAACAAAGGCUGCUGUUGAGGAAGGCAUCGUUGUUGGUGGAGGCACAGCUCUUUUGAGGCUGUCGAAGAAAGUGGAUGCCAUCAAGGAAACGCUUGAAAACCAGGAGCAAAAGAUUGGCGCAGACAUUGUCAAGCGCGCCUUGGGCUACCCGAUCAAACUCAUCGCCAAGAAUGCAGGAGUGAACGGGAGCGUGGUCGUCGAAAAGGUUUUGGCCAAUGAUAACUUCAACUUUGGCUACAACGCAGCCACAGGAACCUACGAGGAUCUCAUGGCGGCAGGAAUUAUCGAUCCCACAAAGGUGGUGAGGUGCUGCCUUGAACACGCGGGAUCAGUGGCCAAGACCUUUCUUACGUCGGACGUUGUGGUAGUAGACAUCAAAGAAGAGUUUAUUCCCACUGGAGCUGCGCAAGGAAUGGCCAUGGACAAUUCAGGCUAUCCUCCUUACUAAGCAGGAUCCACACAUUUUGUUUCUAUCGUGAUUUUUUUUUGUUUUCUUUGGUACGUGCGGAAGAAGUAUCAAACAAGUUUUGCGAGCAAAGCAAACACAGCAGUUCUAUUGCAGUUCUCUAUUGUAGUUCAGUUUCAUAACGGCCUUGAAUGGAAAGAUUUUUGUUUGUUGAAGUGAA